AUGGGGUUAGAGCAAGCUGUUAUUUGCGGCUGUCCUAAUGUAACACUUUGCUUAUGUGUUUAUGCUCAGUUUGCAGAGAAAUUUCAAGAGGUGAAAGAAGCUGCCAGACUGGCAAGAGACCGGUCUCAAGAAAAAACAGAGACUUCUAGCAAUCAUUCCCAAGAAUCAGGCCGCGAAACUCCGUGUUCUACUCGGGCGUCCAGCGUCAACGGAACGGACGAUGAGAAGGCGUCACAUGGUGGUCCCUCAGAUGCACAACUGAAAACAGAGAAUGACAAACUGAAACUUGCCUUAGCCCAGAGUUCCUCCAAUGUAAAGAAAUGGGAAACGGAACUGCACAGUCUUAGGGAGAGCAAUGCCAGACUGACUUCUGCACUCCAAGAAUCUGCAGCCAGCAUAGAACACUGGAAGAAGCAGUUCUCCAUUUGCAAAGAUGAGAACGAUCAACUUAGGAGCAAGAUUGACGAACUGGAAGAGCAGUGCAAUGAAAUAGAUAAGGAGAGAGAACGAAAUGCGCAGCUGAGCAGGCGCCUCCAGGAAUUGGAAACGGAGCUGCAAGACAAGGAGCUGGUGCACGGCCGUGGUGGCGGCCCCGAUCCUGAACGAAUGUGCAGCAUACUCAUGGGGGGUAGGCCACAAGCCUCAAUAGCCUUGCGCAUUACUCUAGUGAAUUGGUACCUCAACAGGGGCGACCCAUCCUCGUGUAUCAGGAACGGUCCCGGGAUGGCAGGUCUUAGGCGGAGAAACCGCCUCGUGUCCUUCACCGGACAUGGGCCCUGCUGGGCCGACGCCGUGAGCUUGAGCAGGACACCCUUGCCAGUCUGA